AUGUACGUGGAACAUCGAAGUCAGAUACAACAACCUACAAGCCAUACCGUUCAUGAGUCACUACCACAUAGUUUUAGACACAGCAGUACCACCACCACUACUAAUGCUGCUCCCACAUAUCAUCCUAUAAUGUACCCACCGCCUUCUUCUUCUUCUUCCUCUUCUUCAACUUCACCAAAGCCAUCUUCACCAAAUAACAACUUACCUAAACUACAAACAUCAGGUUUUACCAACUACCAACCGCUGCAUGCAUCUGCCAGCACCAUAACUCCAUCAUCAUCUGCAACAACACAUUUACACCCAUCUUCUGCAACUUCUCAAGCAUCGCCCCUGAAAACAUCACCCAUUUUAGACUCAGAUAACAAGAUAUGUCAGUGGUAUUGUUGUUCUUGUGGACAAUCGUAUGGUUCAGUAUUGUACAAAGACGACUAUAUCCAGCAAGAAGGGUUUAUCGAACGUCCUGAAGCGACAAGUACUUAUCGCACUGAAAAACCACCUACUCAAUCCACCCGCAAUUAUAUAUUUGACAGUCUAAAAUAUUAUAGCCAAGUUGUUUAUCGAGAUCAUAAACAUGUGUUGUCAAAUUCACCGACAUUGGUUAAAACUGAUAAUUACUUUGAAUGUAAACAGGGGCAGCCAAACAGUCACCCACACCUGCAAGAGCAGAAAAAGCAGACAGACCAGUCAGAGGACAUGGAUUGUCCCCAAAGCCCCAAACUAAACCCCCACACACCGCUAAUAUCACCCCUACAUUUAGACUUGAAUAGUAAUGCCAAUAGCUUGAUUGAAUAUCAAGAUAGAGCAAUAUUGAGUAUCCCUAAUAGAUUUACCUGUCAUAGGUGCAACCACAUGAUGUGUCCUUAUUGUUUGAAGUUGAGAUUAAAGGAUAUAUAA